GUUAAAAUUUAAUCUAAAGCUGUUGUAAAAGUUAGUUAUAAUGGCGCGAAGCAACUAUCACACUCAAACGUAUCCGAUUAUAUUCCUUCGUUUUUCACUGGUAAUAACAUCACUCUAUGGCUAUAAAUAUAUGAAAGCUUCGCUAUAUUCUGAAGCUUUGUAGUUCUCACCGUCACAAUUUCAUCGGUUUCUUUGUGCAUUUGUAACAUGGCAGGGAGAGAUAAUUCCAAAAACAAAAUCCCAGCAUUGUCUUCAGAUGUAAAAAUGAAGAAGAGGGGUAGGCCUCCAGGGUCGAAGUCAAAUCGAGGUCGAGGACGUUCUCCUUCUCCUAGCCCUUCCGGAUUUCGAGGAUGUUCUCCUUCUCCUGGCCCUUCCGGAUUUCGAGGAUGUUCUCCUUCUCCUAGCCCUUCCGGAGUUCCACCAAAUACAGUUUCUAACGUUGAGACUGGAACAGACUUAGUCGCUUACCCGAUCACUGUGAAUAUUGGGGAGGACUUGGUAGACAAGGUAUCAAGAAUUGCUAAAAGAUCCUCUCAAACCGUUUGCAUACUUUCUGCUGUGGGUUCCAUAUCGAGCGUUGUCUUUCGCAAGCCCGGUCUUCCAAGUACUGAUACUGUGACGUGGGAGGGUUGCUUUGAUAUUUUGUCACUAUCUGGAAACUAUUCCUUUGUCCCUGGUCAGGAGAAUGGGCAUGGAGGACAUAACUACUGUAACCUUACAAUAUCUGAUUGUCGUGGAACAGUUUUUGGAGGUUCUGUUGUGGGACCAAUGAUUGUGGCUUCCCCUGUUUAUCUUACGCUUGGCACUUUCAAGCUAGGGAGUGCGGGAAAAACGACAGUACCCGCAUUUGCUACUGCUCCAGUAACAUCUGGACCUCUUCUCAUUCCUAAAACAGAGUAUCAAGAAUUAGAGAGUCUCACUACUCCUAAAACAGCUGAUAAAACUUCAGAGUGUGACAUUACUCCUAAAACAGCUGAUAAAACUUCAGAGAGUGUCACUACUCCUAAAACAACUGAUAAACCAACAGAAAAUGUUACUUCUACCUCGAGAGACGGCGAAGAUCCAAAUGGAGAAGGCGAAAAACAGAGUGUCACUCCUAAAAUAACUGAUAAACCACAGGAGGAACUCAGUUCUGAAACAGUUGAUAAACCACCUGAGAAUGUCACUCCUUCAACAUCUGAUAAACCACCUGAGGAUGUCACUCCUGCAAUAUCCGAUAAACCACCUGAGGAUGUCACUCCUGCAACAUCUGAUAAACCACCUCAGGAUGUCACUCCUGCAACAUCUGAUAUACCGUCCUGAGAAUGUCGUUGCUUCAACAUCUGAUACAUCAU